AUCAUGGAGAAAUCGCGUGCUAUUUGUGUAAUUUGCAUGAAAAAAGGAGACAAUAUAUUGAAGUUCACAGAAAAUACUCUUACAAGAUGCCAAUCAAUUUUAACAAUUCGUCAAAAUAAUAGUUUAUUGUUCAAUAAUGUAGUCUUGCCGUUAGUUCCUAAUGAGAUUCAAGGUUAUCAUGUGCCAUGCUAUAGAAAAUAUACAGCUUUGGGGAAGAAAAUCAGAAAAGCCUUGCGAGAUCAAACCAUUUCUGAAACGAGCACAAGUGCAGGAACUUCGGCUACUGAGACAAAUGUAACAUCAAGCGAGCCAUCAUGCUCUCGAACGAGUACUGAAGAUAGUCAUGCUGAUCUAGAGCAAAGUACUUGUGAAACAGAGACAAGUAAUUUACUCUGUUCUGAAAAAUCAAGUAAAGAUACUGGUGACGUAGGAGACGUAGCAGACGUAGGAACGAGUGAUUCACCUGAGGUAAGAAGGACAAGCAGCCUAACAUGUAUUAUCUGCGAUAAAGCACGGAAGAAGCACAAUGCACGUUGGCAAUCACUGCACACAUCAGAAAACAAUAGUAUUGCUGCUAAGAUUGAAAAAUGUGCCACUGAAGCUAACGAUUUGACAAUGCUACAGAAGAUUGAUGAUUUUUUAUGUUCGAAUAGAAUCAUCACAUAUCACAGAAUAUGCUUGACUAAUUUUGAACACGAGUGUGAGCGCAGGAAGCCUAAGCAACGUACAGAAUAUCACGAAGCGUGGGAUUGUCAUAAAUUGGCUUAUGAAGAAGUAUGCAGUUACGUUGAUGAAUUUGUUAUUAAAAACAAAAAAAUCGUUUAUCUCACACUGUUACGAACCAUAUAUGUCAAUCGUCUAAAUUAUGAGUAUAGAAAUGUCUUUAACGCCUCACCAAAACAGUUUCAUUCCAAUUACCUCGAAACUAAAUUAUUGGGAACAUUUAAAAACAAAAUCACAGUCAUUUUACAUAAAAAGCAAAAAGUAAUUGUGCCAUUCGGUGAGAGUUUUUCAACAGAUGAUUUGGACAAACUUGAUGAUUUCGAUAUUAUUCAAAAAGCAGCAUUACUUCUGAGGGCUAAAAUAUUACAAAUCGAACGCAGGAAAUUACCAGACAAUGUCACUGUUGAAAAUCUAUCGGACGGGGAGUGCAUAAUACCCAAAAAUCUUACUGAUUUUUUUGUUACAUUGUUAAGCGGUACAGAGUCACGGCGACAAAGUAGUAUUAAGCGGCAGCGACUGACAUCACCGUUCGCACAGGACGCGAUUUAUGCAGUUUCAAACGGGCGCAUAAAAACUGGGAAGCACAUAACACUUGCGAUGGCUCUGAAAAGCUUAACUAGUAGCAGAAAUGUUGUUAAUAUUAUUAACAGGUUCGGUCAUUGCUGUAGUUACACUACUACUGAAGAACUCGAAACGGAAGCAACUUAUGCCGCUAGUUCUAGGUCACAAAUUUGUCCCGACGAUAUCGUUCCAAAACCAAACCUUCAUACGGGAUUAGCUUACAAUAAUUUCGAUCGAUUUGUCGAUACUUUAACUGGCAAAGACACCUUACAUGAUACUGUGGGAAUUAUAUUUCAAGACAUUGUUCCUGAUAUUGCUGAAGACGAAGAUGCUGAAGUGCAACCCAGUAAAGAGUCGGUUAAAAAGAGACGGAGACGAACAUAUGAUACUGUCAACCCACACCUGGAGCCUUAUUCUAAGAGACCAAGAAUGCAAGAAGUUUUACAACCAUUGCAUUCCGAUGAACAUUACACACCAGACAGUUUGAAAACACAACAGAGAGUAAAUCUUGCGUGGAUGUUUACUCAUGCACUUGAAAUUCCUGAUACUCCGAUGUGGGUGGGAUUCAACAGUUUAAUUCAUAUUGACGAUUCGAUUAAACAAAGAAUAUCAUAUCUGACAACAAUUAAUUUAUCUCCGACUAAUACUGCUGUCAUACAAGAAACAAUGAUUCAGAGUCUAAAAGUUGCAGAAGAAUGUGGUGAGACAUAUAUACAAGUUAGCUAUGAUCUGGCUAUUGCUAAAGUUGCUUUGCAAAUACAGUCAACAGAAAAUCCCCGAUUUAAUAAUCUGUUUAUUCACCUUGGUUCAUUUCACGUCAUGAUGGCUUACUUUAAAGCUAUUGGGAAAAUUAUCGAUAAUUGCGGAUUGUCCAAUAUAAUGAUUGAUACUGAAUUAUUGGCUAGUGGUUCGAUCAACGGAUUCAUCACGGGUAAGCAUUUCAACCGGUGCAAAAGACUCCAUUCUAUGAUAAGUUUGGCAAUUUCUAUUCUACACUUCAAACGUUUUUUGAGAGAGAGUAAUCUUGAAAUUACAGAAGAUAUAAUAAAGUAUCUGGGAAAUUUCUGUAAAAAUCCCACAAGAACUCCUGUAAUAGAUUACCCGCCGCUUUUAGAGAUCACCGAAAAGUACGAGAAAUACCGUGAACAAACUCUCAAUGGCGAACAUGGCAAGACACCGCAGUUUUUCAUGAUUUAUGCAAAUCUCAUUGAAUACUAUUUAUUAUUCAAUGCAAGUAUUCGAACGGCAAACUUCGAACUGUUCAAACAUAUGUUGCCUAAAAUCACAAAUUUAUUUUUUGCUUUGAACCAGCCCAAUUACGCACGAUGGCUUGUUAAAUACCAUCAUAAUUUAUGUAAAAUUGAUGACACUCAUCCCGGACUUAGAGAGUCAUUUAAACACGGUUCCUUUGGAGUAAAGCGGACUGAUAAACCGUUCUCAAGACAGCCGAUAGACUUGACGCUGGAACAAACAAUAAAUGCAGAUGCGGCAAAUAAGCUAACGGGUAUACUCCAUUUUACAAAUUCUAUAGCAGCCCGUCAACGUUGGUGUAAAAGCCACAGUAUACGAUCUUCGAUAAUUUCACACAUCCUGCAGAAAACAGGUUUAACAAAGAAUCAGGACAUCACGGCGGAUUUGGAAAAGAACAGAAUAAAGAAGAGUACAGCACAAUUAAAUAACUUUUUUGAAGGAAUUGAUCGUAAUUUGAAUCCGUUUGAUGAAAAUAUAGACAAGCAGAAACUUUUCAACAUCUCCAACGGUCAAGCUGCAUCCAGUUCCAUUGCGGAGUUUUUAUUAAAUAUUGAAAUAAACGGUAAUGAGUUGCGGGAAAAAUUCAUAUCCGAAUGCGCAGAAGACCACAACCGAUUUGAGAAGCCAAUAAAGAAAAACAAAAUUGCAAC